UUUUGGGCUCGUUGUGAUUCUUUCCUUCUACUACUUCCCUUCUCUUUUUAUUAUAUUUACUGCUUAGUUUCUUUUUGUCGUCCCAUUACGCUCCUUAAUUGGUAUUCCUCUUCGCUCUGAGAGAGAGAGAGAGAGAGAGAGGCGGGGGAGAGGGAGAUGAAGAGAGGAGAGGAACAGGGGAGGGCUCUGUUUGGGAUAUCUCUAACGAAUAGAACCAAGUGGCAACAGUUUCUUAUAUGCUCCUCUGGGUUCUUCUUCGGUUACCUCGUCAAUGGCGUUUGUGAGGAAUACGUGUAUAAUCGACUCCAUUUCAGCUAUGGUUGGUACUUCACUUUUGUGCAGGGUUUUGUGUAUUUGGGUCUCAUAUACAUGCAGGGGUUCACAACCGAGAAUAUGGUGAAUCCGUGGAGGACUUAUGUUAAGCUCGCGGCGGUGCUCAUGGGGUCUCAUGGCCUUACUAAGGGCUCUCUCGCAUUCCUAAACUAUCCGGCGCAACUCAUGUUCAAAUCCACAAAGGUAUUGCCAGUAAUGGUCAUGGGGGCGUUCAUUCCUGGUCUAAGACGGAAGUAUCCGGUCCACGAGUACAUUUCCGCGAUACUCCUCGUCAUCGGCCUCAUCCUUUUCACGCUGGCGGAUGCCCAAGCAUCGCCCAAUUUUAGUAUCGUUGGCGUCGUCAUGGUGUCGGGGGCGCUAGUGAUGGAUUCCUUUCUCGGUAAUCUCCAAGAGGCCAUUUUCGCCAUGAACCCCGAAACGACACAGAUGGAGAUGCUGUUCUGUUCGACUGUCGUCGGCUUGCCUUUCUUGAUCCCGCCGAUGGUUCUAACAGGGGAACUUGCUAAAGCAUGGAAUUCCUGUUCUGAGCAUCCGUAUGUUUAUGCCGUGUUGGUGUUUGAAGCCAUGGCUACCUUCGUCGGCCAGGUCUCUGUUCUGUCCCUCAUUGCCAUUUUCGGGGCUGCAACCACCGCCAUGGUAACUACGGCGAGGAAAGCGGUGACGCUUCUUUUAUCGUACUUGAUAUUCACAAAGCCGUUGACGGAGCAACACGGGAGCGGUCUCAUGCUCAUUGCCAUGGGGAUCAUCUUAAAGCUUCUUCCAGAGUACAAGGAUCCCGUCCCGCCAAAACAAAUACAAAGUAGUCAUUCACAAUUGCAUCUACAAGGAUUGAAAGAAGAAGAAGAGAAGAGGCCUUUGGUUUGAAAAGCCAUGCUAUGGGAGUUAACACUAUUGGUUUUAUUACUCAAAAGUAUGAGAGAAUUUGUUUGCAGGUGUAGUUGAUUUGCUUCAAGACGUAAGAGUCAAAUGUGAAUAGCAGCGGGGCGCCAAGUUGAUUUCGACCGUAAAUGCUCAUUUUAUGUUUGUUUCGAUUGGCUGUUAAGGUAAUUCACUCAGUAUCAUAAUUGACUUCGUCGUGAAUGGUGGCGACGUCAAUUGGGGCGGAGGAAAAGAGAGAAAUAAUAGUACUAACUAAAAGUUGUAAUUUCUUUCUUUCUUUUUAUGUGCUAGUAGAACUUACAGUUAUGAAGUUAUCCGCUUCUUAUCAAAUGAAUAACAAUA